CACACAACUCGGGUUUAGAUCGCACGUCUAUCGUUGAACAGAAAUGACUAGUCUAAAGACUCUAGAAAACACUUUACGAAGUUAAUUGACCACCAGGAGCCGUCAUAUGAAACCUCAAAGGAUGAGAGAUGUCAGGUGCUCAAGCCUCCCUGUUUUCCUACCAGACUCUGGUACAUGCCAUAGCUGGAGCUGCUGGUUCUAUUGCAGCAAUGACACUGUUCUAUCCUCUAGAAACGGCAAGAACAAGACUACAAAUCGAUGAUAAGCGAGAGGCCAGAUACACUCCUCACAUUAUUGCAGAAAUUGUCAGGGAAGAAGGAGUGUUUUCCCUUUACCGAGGAUGGUUCCCUGUCAUCAGUAGCCUGUGCUGCUCCAACUUUGUCUACUUCUACGCCUUCAACGGUCUCAAAGCAGCGUGUUUGGAUCACAUGAAGGGCACUGUUGCCAUCAAGGAACUCCUUAUUGGUGUUGUAGCUGGAGUCAUCAAUGUGCUGGUCACAACACCCAUGUGGGUGGUUAACAUGAGGUUGAAACUUCAAGGCGCUAACUUCCAGACGGAGCAGAAACAGAAGAGUAAGCAUCCACACUACUCCGGAAUCUUUGAUGCUUUUCGGACUAUCAUCCAAGAUGAAGGCUUGGCAGCAAUGUGGAAUGGCAUGUCAUCCUCCCUCCUCUUGGUCCUCAAUCCUGCCAUCCACUUCAUGGUCUAUGAAGCGUUUAAGAGGUUCAUCAGCCAAUACACAGGAAACCAGGAGCAUUCAUCCGUGGUUUACUUCGUCUUAGGUGCUGUUUCCAAGGUCAUUGCAACUCUGCUCACCUACCCACUUCAACUUGUGCAGGCAAAACAAAGGUAUGACAAAGAGGAAUCGGAAUCUCACAGGAAGUUGAAGUCCAUGUGGUCUGUGCUCAGUUAUAUUGUCAGGAAUCAAGGACCUCUUGGUCUCUACAAGGGCUUGGAAGCGAAACUACUGCAGACUGUCCUGACCGCUGCCAUGAUGUUUGCCAUCUAUGAGAAAAUUGCAGCCAUCAUCUUUCAAUUAAUGAAAGCAGAGAAAUCGGAUGAAAAGAGCCCAUAGGUUUCCAUCAAUCUAAAAGUAGGUUCGAUAUGUCGGUCUUUCGCCCCUUUGUGCAAAAACUAUCUGGCCUUUGUAAUGACAGCUACAUCCAUAGUUUUAAUUUGCCAGCAUCUGUAUUGAAUUUUCUCAAACAAAAUAAAUCAUGAGCUUUCAUCAGGCCUCAUUGUUUUGGAGGGGGGGUGUUUUGCUUCUUUAAUGCCCCAGCAUAGAUUUACAAACUCUGUGGAUGAUGUGGCCAGUAGUUGAGAUGAAAGAGUUGUAUUCUUGUUCAGACUGCCUAAAAUGGUUCCAUUUGUUGCUGCUGAGAAGGCCGAGAAAUCCAGGGUUGAAUUAAACUAUUAGGCAUAACAACGAAAGCACAAUUUGGACAGUGAAGAGUUUGGUUUAAAGAUUGUAAAGCAGACCACUGUUCCUUGUUUCAAUUUCCAUUGCAAAGAGAUAUUUUAAUAUGGCAAUCUUGUGAACUUUGAGUUCACAUUUUAUAUACUGAACAAUAUAAUGAGUGUUCUUGGUUUUUGUAACAGCAUGAAUGAUUAAAGAAUCAUGUCCAUUGAA